AUGCUCCCGGUCCCGGAGGAGCGGGAUGAACGACGUCGAUGUUCUCCGUCUUGCCACGGCCCGGUAUCAAGACGAUGGGCACCAAGGCAAGGUGCCCAUCGAUCUUUGGAGGAUUUUGAGUCGUUCCCCGAAGUGGAAACAACUCAACAAUCCCGACGGCGGAUCGUUCCGGAAAAGAUCCACCGUCGACGCCAAGGUUGAGGUCGACGAGACUAUCUGUUCAACCGAUCAAAUCCCUCCCUUCAACGUUGCGGAUUCCGAUGACGAGAACCCCAUUCCACGACCGAUCGGAAGAAAGAAGGCAAAAUCCAUUGCCUCUGGUUCGGGAGGGUCCGCCUCUGUUUCCGCUUCUUCACGCGACGAAAUCGGCCGGGAAAUGGUUGAACAACUUCGGGCAUUCAAUCUCCGAGAACAAGAGAGGUUGAAGCUAAAGGAGAAGGAGUUGAAGCUAAAGGAGCAGGAGGCCGAGAUGAAAGUCAUGGAAGCCGACCCGGGACGUUGUCGGAGAUUGGACUCAUGAUCUACUAGCAAAGAAUUAGAGAGAUCAAGGAGAAAUAUAAGUUACCUUAGUUU